AUGGACAGCUGCCGUUGGUGCUUGCCGGCGCGGGGGACGAGGGCGCCGGUGCCGAAGCAGGGGGGCGGGUACCGCGGCAAGGGGGCGCCGAACGAGGUGUUCCACAUUGACAUUUGCGGCGGCUACACGGCGACCAUCGGCGGCAACCACUACAUGCUCUUGGGCGUGGACGCCGCCACGGGCUGGAUGGUCUGCUAUGCGAUGCGGCGGAACUCGGAGGCGCUGGCGGUCUUCAAGCGCAUGGUCGUGGACGCCGCUCGCAAGGCCGGCACCGCGAUCAAAUGCAUCCGCUGCGACUGCGACGCGCUCUGGACCAGCGGUAGCUUCAAGGAGUUCUGCGCCGGCAUGGGGAUCGCGCUCGAGUUCUCCCCUCCCGGCGUGCAGCAGUACAACGGCGUCGUCGAGAGCGCCAUCCAGAGGUGCCUGAAGGUGGCCAAGGCUUCUCGCCGGGCUGCCCAAGAGCUGCUUGGCCCUGCCGGAUUUUCAUGCAUCCGCGGGCUGAGCGUACGGGGCGAUGAGCUCUGGACGGAGUCCGCAAAAGACGCCGCGCAGAAGCUGAACAAGUCUGCAUCUCCAUCCAACCCAAGGGGUGCGUCGCCGCAGGAGCUCUACACCGGCAAGAAAGGCCCUUUUCGCUUGAUUUUCGUUUUUCCAGUACGGUUUCAUGUGGGAACGGCCGGCGACCAAGAUGGACGACAGAGCCGUGCCGUGUUUUUUCCUCAAUGCCGGAGANNNNAUCUGCAGGAAGCUUUAAGGGAUGCUUCCCGGUACAGACACUCCGUUUCGCAUGUCGUCCGGGAUGUCUGGCCAAUCCGAAGAGCGUGAGGGCUUCCUUGGCCGCGCAUGGCGUUACUGCUGAACGUCGGUUACCGUCCUUAUGCUCCGCGGGCGUCGUCUGUACAUUCAACAUGCAUUCCCGGUCUCAAAAUUCGAAGACUGGUAGCGAGGUUGACGAUCGCCCGUUGUAGGUAGGAGAGCGAUCACCCUCUCCCAUGGACGGGGGUGCUAGCUCGGCCGAGAGCAAAGUUGCUUGCCACUAUGUAUCUACNAGCCGUGCCGUGUUUUUUCCUCAAUGCCGGAGAUAACCACGCAAGUUGACCGUGGCCGUAGAGCUCGCAAAUGCAGCCACUGGAGCAGCAGUCGUGCCGCUGUCACCCGGUGGUUGGUGCGAAGGAAAUGUGUCACAACGAACAACCCAAGGCGUGCAUGUCGGCGGGAGAGAUUCUCAAUCUGCAGGAAGCUUUAAGGGAUGCUUCCCGGUACAGACACUCCGUUUCGCAUGUCGUCCGGGAUGUCUGGCCAAUCCGAAGAGCGUGAGGGCUUCCUUGGCCGCGCAUGGCGUUACUGCUGAACGUCGGUUACCGUCCUUAUGCUCCGCGGGCGUCGUCUGUACAUUCAACAUGCAUUCCCGGUCUCAAAAUUCG